AUGGUUGCCAACUCCAGGUGGAGAAAUCCUGGCGAUCUUGGGGGCUGGGACCUAGAGAGAAGGGACCUCACUGCUGCGGAGUCCACCUUGCCAGCAGUCAUUUUCUCCAGGAGGACGGAUCUCUCAGCUGGAGGGUCGCCUGGUCCCCCUCAACACGUCUUGAUUUCAAAAACAUCCUCUGGCCUGACUAUCUACUGGAACGAGGGAAUUUCGGGGAACGCGCCCACCACUGGCUACGUCAUAGAAACCAGACCCUCAGACGAAGGGCUGUGGGACCUGUUUGCGAAGGACAUCCCUCGCAGUGCCACCUCCUACUCAGUCAGCCGGGACAGGCUGAAGCAAGGAGUCAGCUACGAAUUCCGGGUGGUGGCCGUGAACCGGUUUGGCUACGGAGAACCCAGCGCCCCCUCUGCAGUUGUAUCAGCUCAGCUAGACUCCCCUUUCUAUGAAGAGUGGUGGUUUCUGAUUGUCAUGAUCCUGUGCCUCCUCAUUCUCGUCCUUCUCGUGGUGUUCACGCUCAUCUUGCACAGCCAGACCAAAAAAUACAAAAACUGCAACACGGGAAAAAAUGUCUCCAACAUGGAGGAGUCUGUCAACCUGGAUAACGGGGGCUUCACGGCCCUGGAGCUCAAUAGCCGGCACCUCAACGUCAAAAACACUUUCUCCAAGAAGAACGGGACGAGGUAAGAAGGCGCCGGCCGGCCGGCCCUGUUCUGUGUCGUGCUGGGAGAGGUGGCCG